AUUUAGGCCGACCUGACUUGAACAAACACGUUAAAAAAACAACUGCAUAUAUGACAGUGCGGUAGGGUAUUUAUAUUGACAAACAAACACAGGGAAAAUUAUCACAACAAUGGAUGAAACCACUCUCCACAAAAAACUUUGGUUGCGCUUAAAAAGGAAAGAUUUAGGUGAUGAGGAGUGUUCUGAAGUAGUGUGUAUUGAUCUCAAGGACUCGCAGUCUGGGCAUGAUAUAAAAGAAGCUAUCUUGCGAUCCUGUAAUUUAUACAACCUACAAAACAUUGUGUUAAAGUUGAGGAAUCACAGAGGCUCCAUCAUCCCAAUCACUUGGAAUGUGUCAGCAAAUUCUAGCGCCAGGCCUUAUGUUCUAGAGGUUGUGAAGAUUCAUCAGAAUAUUAAAGCCCAGCCAAGGUCUGUGAAAAUCAGAAGUUACAAUGACACGGUGAAAGAAAAACUGACAGACAUCACUCAAAGGAUCGAAAAGUUAGAAGGAGAAGCCCCUGCCCUUAAAGAAAAGAGAAGUGAUAAAAUAGAUAAUGACAUGAAGAAGGUAGAGCAGAUGCUUGUGUUCCUGGAGAAGAGGAUGCAGGACGCAGAGAAUGUCAGCUGGAAGGGCAUGUUCAAGAAAAACCCUCUCUGGUGAUCCAUGAGGAUCAGUUCAAACUGACAUGUUGCAUCCUGGGUCCAUAGCAACUAUGUAUUGUAAUGAAAACUGAAAUCUUGACGUAGGAUUUACUUGUGCAUUCACCAUGGAAGCCAGUAGCUACACAUUAGAACAUUUAGCUGAAGAAAUUUCUAUUUCGCUACAAUUUAUUAAUUUAUCUAAAAUAUCUUAAACUAAACUAAUUAUGACGUAAUGAAUUAAUUUAAGCCAGUUUUGUGAAGCCUAAAUAGUUGUUCUCUGCAAUCUUAAAUCUUCAUAUUUUGUAUGUGACAUGCUAUAGUGAUUUCUUAAAACAAGAUAAUUGAUUAAGCAAGUAGGACUUAUAAAUUUAACUUUUACUUUACUAUCUUGAAAAAUAUGGGUUUACUUUUGUAACGGAUAGUCAGGUGUUGGUUAUUUUGCCUGAUUCUUCACCACAUUAAGUAAUACAAGAAGAUAAUGAAUACUUAAACUUUUAUUUAAAUGUUCCACUUUGGAGUUUUAUGGCUAUGACCCCAGACUGUUGCAAGGAAAGCAAACAAGUGUGUGUAUUAAGAUGUUUAUGAGGUCCUUUUGAGGCAGGAACUUCAUUAUGUGAGGACCCGGAAUGUGUCAAAUGCUAUUUGGGACGAAUUUUGAAAUUAAGCAGCAAUUUUGAGCAAUUUAAUUUGUACUUAAAGAUAUUCAAUUUUGGUGUGGCUUUAUGCAGUGGUGGGGUACACGAGUACCCAUAAGAAACUCCCACCUGUCCAAUAUGGUGACCAUCAACUAACAUAACAUGAACCGUGAGCCAGAAUUUAACCUGGGUCACCUCGGUGAGAAGCACCUAUAACAACCACUACGCUUACCGUACAGCGAAGUGCUCUUGGAUGAAUGUCAUAUAUUGUCAAAUUAUCAAGACCUUUAUAUUGGAAUCACCAAAAGGGACCUUUUGUGUGUAUUCUUAUUAAACUUGUGUAUGAAAAUGUAAAUGAAAAUUUUCUGUUACUUUAAACAUCAAUGGUAUUGGUUUGUUUUAUGUUGUAAGCAAAAUUUAUGUAUCGGUUGUGUCAAGAUUAUAUUUUAUUUUUUUAUGAGUUUCAUCAAUUGAUCUGUGUAAGACGCAACAGUUGUGAUAGCAAAAAGCUUUACUGCAUAUAAUUUAUUCUUACAGUAUUUGCAAUUAACAGGUUCUGUAAUGUUUUCAAAACUUGAGUGAGAAACCCUCUUUGUCCGUUUUAUUUUAACCCAUUUAUGCCUAGGGUCUAGAAAAAAGGCCUUGGCAUACAGCGUAGACCCAGAUGGUCUGAGCUGUUUUUUUAAUGGAAUUUCUGUAAGAAGUAUUCUAAAUAUAGAAAGAAGUAUACUAGACAUCCCUAAUUUUGGAAAUACAUUGAUCCAAUUUAGAAGGAUGGGUAGUCCAGUAGGCAUAAAUGGGUUAAAGAUCUGUUCAUUGUUGUAUUGUUUUGAGGUUUCUGGAUAUUGAUGUAUUUAAUUGUUGUACAUGUGAUUGUAAAUCUUGUAUAGGUGUUAUCACAAUUAUGUUAUAUUUAUCAGGUUAGUCAUUAGUAUUUUAAGAAGCUUUUUUUAUUUAUAAUUAUCUUUGUGUUGAAAACGAAGACGAGAAAAAUGCCCACUGAGCCAAUUCUGAAAUUCGCGUUCAUAACAAAUCUCACCUUUAUCUCAUUUUUGGAUAAAACAGGGAGCUGGUAGUGAAUACAUUUGAAAUUCUUAUGUUCAUAUUAAUUGCUUUAUUCUGAUUGCUAAAAAUGAGAUUGCUACCAGUAUUUUACAUUUGUUCAUUAACUUUUCUGUACUUUUUUGAUUUUGAUUUUUUUUCAGGAUUUUUUUAUCAAGCGAUUAUCGUCCUAUUUGUGCAUCGAUAUGACACGAGGGCAUAGUGUGAGACCGUAGAAUCAGUUAUAUAGUUUCACGCUACACGAGUAAAAUGCAUGUGGUUUAAAACACUAUCUAAAUUUCUAAAUAUAAAAUUAAAUAGAAUUUGGAAAAUAUCUCAAGGCAUAUACAGGGAAGUGUAUUAUAAAUUCCUUUGUGACAUUGUUAACAAUUGCAGUUACUCAAGUAAUACAAUCUUUUAGUCAGUCUGAAUUGUCAGUUCAGAUCUGCUAUUUAGGUAUUUGAUGACUUGAUGUUGUCUCUCUCUCUCUCCUUAGUACGUCAAAUACUGAGUUUUUUUUAGAAUAUUCUUUUGUUUAGAAUAUUCGAUUGUUAUGAACUUUUUGAUGCAGCACAAAUUAUUUCCUUAAGAAUUUCAAAUGUAUUCACUACCAACUCCCUGUUUUAUCCGAAAAUGAGAUAAAGGCGAAAGAUUUUCAGAAGUGACUCAGAUGGCAUUUUUAUCUUCGUUUGAAAAAGUAAUAUGAUAAAUAUUCAUGUAUUAGUUGUUAUAUUGAUUGAAAUAAAAUAUUUAGAAAGUGAA